AUGACCAACCCCUGUCUCGCAUGGAGGCACCUCUGCCUAGCUGUCCUUUCCGUCUCAACUGCGGUUUGGGGGCUUUCAAUUGCGAAUCAAACAAAUCCCCCUGCCUGUCGUUGCAUGCCACAAGACCCUUGCUGGCCCAAAGAUUACCAAUGGGCCCGAUUCAACAAAACCGUGGAUGGGAAUUUGAUUGCAACAGUCCCGAUCGCCAGCGUCUGUCACCUCGACUCGUUCACGCCGUACGAUCAAUCACAAUGCGCACAACUCCAGUCCAACUGGGGCUUCCCAGAAACGCACUACGAGAGCUCCUCGUCUAUCAUGGCGGCCGGAUUCACGAAUCUAAGCUGCAAUCCCUUCUCGUCGAAAACGUCACCCUGCACGAUCGGGAACUAUGUCCAGUACGCCGUGAACGUGACAGACGUCGCACACAUACAGAAAACAAUUCAUUUUGCAGCUCAACACAACAUCCGCCUUGUCAUCCGGAAUACUGGCCAUGACCUACUUGGGAAGUCCACUGGCGCUGGAGGGCUGGCGAUUUGGAUGCAUUACAUGAAAGAUAUUUCUGUGGUGGACUACGUCUCGUCGCACUAUUCUGGCAAAGCCAUGAAGAUGGGAGCUGGGGUUCAAACGUUUGAGGCCAGCGAGGCGGCAUAUAAAGCUGGACUUGUUGUCGUGGGUGGCAAUUGUGCAACGGUUGGACUGGCAGGGGGAUAUUCCCAAGGCGGCGGUCAUGGCCAACUGGUGUCCCAUGUGGGGCUCGCUGCUGACCAGGUCCUGGAAUGGGAAGUGGUUCUCGCGAACGGGAAGCUAGUGACCGCAUCGCCAAAAAAUCAUCCAGAUCUGUACUGGGCACUAUCAGGUGGAGGUGGAGGCACUUAUGGUGUUGUUGUGUCAAUGACAAGCAAAGCUUACCCUGAGCUGCCCACGGCAUCGGGUAACCUCUCAUUUUCCGACACGGGUGUAUCGCGAGAUACAUUCUUUGCAGCGGUCGCCAUGUUUAUAUCGAUUCUUCCGUCGAUCGGGGACACUGGAGGUGCAACUGUUUGGUGGUUAACCAACACUACCCUGUCGACAACGCCUACGACCAUUCCGGGCGGCACAGCGACAAUUUUUAAUUCUCUUUUUGCUCCUUUGAUUGGAUUCCUUCAACAAAACGACAUAAAGUACACAUAUUAUGUGGACGAUUUCCCUACAUACUAUGAUGCCUACCAAACAAUGAGCCCACCGCAGAACAUAACGGAUCAACUAGCUGGUGGUCGCCUGAUUCCAAGAUCCGUAGUCCAGGGGAACUUGGCUGAUCUAACCACCGUCUUCCGUGAUAUUGUCGAAAGAAACACCGGAUUCCUGAUUUCAGGAGUUAUGGUCAACUCAUCUCGAGUUUCGUAUCCCGAUAACAGUGUCAACCCAGCCUGGCGAGAUGCGUUGAUGAAUAUUGUAAUCGGAGCGCCGUUCGACUAUACUGAGUGGGAGAGUAAUGUCACUCCCCAGCAGGCAAUUACCGAUGUUCUUGUGCCUACACUGGAAGGGUUGACACCUGGAAGUGGUGCAUAUCUGAAUGAAGCGGACCCUAAUCAAAUCGAUUGGCAACAGGCAUUUUAUGGAGAUAACUAUGACAACUUACUAGCCAUUAAGAGAAAGUAUGAUCCUGAUAAUAGGUUCUACGCUUUGAAGGCUGUAGGUAGUAACGCUUGGAGAGUCACAGACAAUGGGCGAUUGUGUAAGUCGCAAGGUUACCAGACG